AUGUCUCAUAUGCAUUCGUCCUCAAGCGCGACGACCACCACAUACGUGCAAGAAGCGAACACGAGGAACGAACAAAAUGGAAACCAAAACACCAUUGUGCGAAUUUUAAAGCUGACUCCCCAAAAAAUGGUCAGGUGGGACGAAGGCACGGUUGACAAUGAGAACGCGCAGAAGAAGUCGUCCAAGGUCUGCUGCAUAUAUCACAAGGCCAAGGGCUUUGGGGAGAGCUCCGACUCGGACUCGGACUCGGACUCGGAUUCGUCGGACGACGGAGGCGACUGCAAGGGCUGUCCCAAAAAAGAUGAGCCGAAAGAACAAAAGAAAGAAGAAAACGAAGUUAAGAAGUAG